GGAUGAGCUCUGAGAUCAGUACUAAAUUAAAUAUAGAAAAAGCGGCAAAUUUCAUGCGGCAAUACAGAGAUCCGGAAUCUAAAGAGCUACGGAAAUUAUCAGCAAAUCAGUUCAUGGAGGUUUGGAGUCAUUACGAUUGUGACGGAAAUGGUUACAUUGAAGGAUCUGAAUUGGAUGGUUUCUUACGUGAAUUUGUAUGCAGUGCAAAUGCUAAUGAGGACAAUUCAGAGAUAGUCCCUGACGCCAUGAUGAGUGAACUCAAAUCUUGUUUCAUGGAAGCUUAUGACGAUAAUCAAGAUGGAAAAAUAGAUAUACGAGAGUUGGCUCAGUUGCUCCCAAUGGAAGAAAAUUUUCUUCUACUUUUUAGAUUUGACAACCCUUUAGAAUCUAGUGUAGAGUUUAUGAAAAUAUGGCGAGAGUAUGAUGCAGAUGGAAGCGGUUAUAUCGAAGCCGACGAGCUAAAGAAUUUUCUGAGGGACCUAUUGAAGGAAGCCAAAAAAAUCAAUGAUGUUUCUGAAGAUAAAUUAAUUGAAUAUACAGAUACAAUGCUACAAGUAUUUGACGCGAAUAAAGAUGGAAGGCUUCAGCUCUCUGAAAUGGCCAAGUUACUGCCAGUUAAGGAAAACUUUUUGUGUCGUCAAAUUUUUAAAGAAGGCAUCGAAGGAGCUACAAGACUUACAAAAGACGACAUUGAAAGAGUGUUUUCACUUUAUGAUCGAGAUAACAAUGGAUCUAUAGAGAAUGAAGAACUGCGAGGGUUUCUCAAAGAUUUGCUUGAACUUGUAAAAAAGGAUUACGACGCUCAAGAUCUGCAAGAAUUCGAGCAGACUAUUUUGCGGGGAGUUGAUUAUGAAGCGGAUGGAAAAAUCAAUAAGAAGGAGCUAACAAUGAUCCUCUUGGCACUGGCUAAAUAUAAUCAAGAAGAUGAUACCCAUGUAUAA